GCUUUCCGUCAAGUGAUGGUCAGGCCUAGGCCUAACCAAAUUUCUAGAUACAGAUCUUCUUCUAUACAUAAAUAAAUUUAGAUCAGUGGAUAUAGAUUCUAGAUCUAAAGCUAGCAGUAAUACUAAGGCACUAAAUGACUAAGCAUCGAUGGAGCCAAGUGACAAAACAGAUCUAGAAAUGUCGUCAGAUUUUCAUCUCCGUUCUGGCACAGAUCUGUUCACAUCUCGUAGGAACGAUGUGUUUGCCAGCCUACAGGAGUUGGAGAAUAAACAUUCAGCUUUUCUCAAGGCCAAAGCAACAUUCAAUAAUGAACCUGAAUUGAUGAAAAAAGAUCCAGAAGAGGAAGAUGAUGUUGGAUCUAUGCUGCAGUGUAAAGACAAAAGUAUGUUUUUGUCCAAACCAAAGCUUGGCAAAACCCAGAGUUGUGAUUAUGAGCCAGUCACAGGUAAUAAGCCAGAAGAAACUAAACAGCAGACAGACAACUGUGGUAGAGUUAACGAUGCCACUUUCAGACAUCCACACCACCCGCCCCGGAAAGUCAGCCGGCGGUCGGAUAACGUACCUGAUUUUAAAAAGAACCCAGAGAAAUAUACCCACUACUCUCUCAGAGAUGUAGAUGAUAAACUUCUGUCGGAGAAGGCAAAUGCUAAUGCAGCAUUUUCUUUUUUAGAAGAAAGAAGGCUGGAAAAAGAGAAGCAGGCAAGCUUGUCAGCUGGGUACACAGAGACUGAUAGUGCCAAGUAUAAUGUGGAGGAAACUGCCUGCUCACAGGGUAAAAUGACAUUUACACGCCCAAGGUGCAAGAAGAUGCAGAUUGAUAAUGUAGACUUGAAAAGUAACAAACCUCAUUCAGAGGCGUCAGCUCUCAUUGAUGAGCCACUUGAUGAGCCGCAUUGUGAGGUUGACAUUAAGGAGGUUGAUGAGCCAUUUAGUGAGCCGAUGUCUGACAAGAACCAGAGCACAGACUCUGCUGGCAACACAUUCAAGCCACGUAAGAAUGUCAAGAGACAUAUUAGACACAAGGAAAGUGACGACAACUCUGACUAGAGUUUUUUCUUAAAAUUCUGAUUUUUGAUGAAAACUGACUAGACAUUUUUGGCUUAAAAUUCUGACACUUGAAGACUUCUCUAAGAGAUAUUUGGCUUAAAAUUGUGACAUUACUGACAGGGCAAAAAGUUUGUGUUAAUAGUAGUAUAGCCAAUUCAUGUCUUAGUGUGUGAAUGUAUAUCACUAAUGAAUAAAUGGUAGUUCAGAAGGUACAGUAUGCAAUUAUAUAAAGAUUUUUUCCUACUUUAUUUCAUCUUAUCAACUGUGUAUCAUCAAUAUAAAAAAAAUAUAUGUGCUAAAAGACAACCUUAAAAAAAAUAUUGUAAGAAUAUAUUUUAAAAUACAUUUUUUUUUAAAUUUCAUAUCUAAGUAUAAAUAUCAGACAAAAAUGUUGGUAUCUAAAUAUUAUAACAUUGUCUAUAUAUUAUUGCAACUGCAUGUAAUAUAAAUUAUGUUGUUAAUGAUUGUCAUAAUUUAUGUAAUAAUAAGUUGAAUUUUAAUCAUCAAAAGUAUUUUGGUACUGAAUUUGAUUGUUAAUCAUCAAAAGUA